UCUCUCUCUUUAAUUCUUUGUAAUUAAGUCACGUCUCUCUUUACUCUUUCUUUCUCUCUCUAAGUUUAUUGCUCCCUAUGUACUCUUCUCUUCAUUGAAAGUUCUCUUAUUUUUUCUGUUAUCCCUUUCUUUUCUCUCACUUUUCACAGCUUUUCCUCUUCCAAAAAAAAAAAGUACCUAUCAUUACUACAGCUACCAGCACUAUAACAAAUACUAUUACAGCCCUCACCAUCACUACUACUGUUACUACUGCCACUGCUCCCCUCGUCUUUUUUUCUCUCACUCUCUCCUUCUCUCUGUCGCUCUCUUUUCUUUGCUGCUGCUGCUCCUGCUACUAUUAAAUUCACUCCAGCCACACUCACCUCUUACUCCAGUGCGAAUCUCUACUACAACUUCUACCACUAUUACAACUUUGGAAAACAAGACUAUGGCUGCUACGUCCUUUGAGCUGCGGCCAGCAGCAGACAACAUGGGUUGAAAGAUUCUGCAGAUUCAAAUAUUUGCAUGAAUUCUCGGAUCGGGUGUUUUUGCUGUUGGAUACCUUCCCCUAAUUAUUGCCAUCUAAUCAUGAAGUGGGAUUAAUUGUUAUUUUUUGGCUGCUUAAACUGAGCAGGCAUUUGCUAUGCUUUCUGACCUAAAGCAGAAUCUGUUGCACCAAACUAAACAUGGGGGCGAGAGACCAAAGCACUAGGAAAAGUCAGAGGAAAGUACGGAGAUCCAUUGAAGUGACGUCUCCCCCCAAAAGGAAGAAUGACAUUCGGAUAGCAAGCAACAGAAAGAAGCAAGAACAAUCAGACCAAGUAAAGGCAAGCAAGAAAGACAAUGAAGAAGAUAAACGAAAGAAUGGCAAUAUCAAGUUGCAGAAGUUUCCAGUUAGAUCUCGCAGACGUAAGGCAGAUGCAGGUGCAGAGGAACAGAGUCCCCCCAGUGAGGGGUGUAGAUCUGCAUUUGCCAAGAGAGCCAGGCUUUCAGUGUCAGUUGAAGGAAAAGUAAAAGAUAGUAAACCAAACAAGCUCAAUAGAACUGCUAAAGGCUGUGCUAAGGAAUCUCCUGCAUGUAAAAAUAAACAGAAUAGUAAAGUAGGUAAAGAUGUUAAGGAAUCCAAAAUAGUGUUGUGUAAUAAUUUAUCUGUGUCGUUAGAACAGUCUGUAUUUAAAGAAAGCGAAAGCAAAAAAUCUACGAGACAUCUGAGAGGAGUUAAGCAAAGCCGAGCAACAAAAGUGGUUAGAACAUUACCAGUAACAAGAAGGAGUAGUGCCGAGGCGAAAGCUUCGAAAGUAAUCAAAAAGCCUAAGAAAAAUGCUACAAAGGUAAAGAAAGACCUCAAAGAAAGCAAAAACUCCAAAGAAAAUAAGGAACCUAAUCUUAGUCAAGAGACGAGUAGUGCUGUCAAUCACAACGAAGUCAUGACUCAGUUACUAAGUACAAGUUUAACAAGUUCAACAGAUGUAAAGUCUCCACAAAAAACAAAAACGGUUUCAAUCAGAAAGACCAAACUUCAGAGAGAUUCAGCAAAGAAACAAUCAAAGGACAUCUUUAAAAAAUCUAAAGAUGUUGACGGCAGUUUCAAACCUGUACUAGAAAGUAAGAUAGCUAAUGCCAAUAAGGAAAUUCUUAAUAAUGGUAAGGAUGAUGAAAGUUCUUCCAACAAGGAUUUAGAUGAAGUAAUACAUAUUCCAGUCAAGCCUGUUCUAAUUAAUAACAAUAGUGAUAGUUCAGAAAAGGUUCCUAAGACAGUUCUGUGUAAGUUACCCAUAAAAAAAGAAGAUAUCUCUACAAAUAGCAAAAUGAAAUCUCCAACUCAAAACCUUUCUAACAAAAGUACUUUUCAAAAUACAAAAGCUGAUCUUGCCAAGAAUAUCUCCACCAUGCCGAAACCUAAGGGAAAAAGGACCUCCAAAACUCUGAAAUCUGAAAAGCCUUGUAAAAUGGUGAAAAAAACAGACGAUAAUAAGAUUUCUGAUGGAGCUAGUGAAAUGAUGAAAGUGAUAGAAAUCAUCAAAGCAGAGGUGAUGGAAUCAAUUGUAAAUGAUAAGAAACUAGAAAAGAGUCGUAAGGAUGAUCUAGUGGGAAAAGCCUCCAGUCAAUGUAGUAAUUGUAAACGAGACUUUUGUAACAAAAGUUCUUUAACGAGACAUAUGAAAAAAUGCAUGAUUGUUGCUCAAGAUCCACUUAUAAAUAAUGUAGGUAACAAAGUAGAAAAUGGAAGCACUAAGGAGUUAUCUAGCAAAACUAUUUCAGAAGAAAGUGCAAAUGUUACUAAAAGCCAAAAUAAUUCAACUAAUAUCUCGAAUUUACCUCUGUCUGGCAGUCUAGGACAAGUGUUAGAAAUAGUUCCAGCUGCAGAGACAAAAAAUGUAAAAACUGCUAAACAACCAUUAGAAGCUAGUACGGAAAUAUUAAAGGUACCAUUACAUGCUACUAACUCUAUCAACAAUGAUAGUGUGAUAACAAAGGCAUUUAAUGCAUCUGUUUCACUUGGUUCUAUGACAGAAAUGUCAGAUGUUUACAAAGAGACUACAGUUCAGACAGCUGCUGUUACUGUUGCCAAUUCCAUCGAGCCCCUCAGCUCCCCUGAUACUCAGCUGAAUGCUAAUGUUAAUGAAAAUCACGCUGCUGUUGAAGAAGUGGACUUCACAAGUAAGAUCUGUGAUGAACCAGAAAAAAAAUGUGCCAAGGAACAGGUAGGACAAGACAGUGACCUUUACAAAGCAGCAAAUAUAGAUGCUGCCGCUGCUGCUGUUGUGGCAGCUGUUGUUGCCAAAAUAGGAAUGGAAAACGGCACAGCCGUAUCGGUUGUAAAGCCAAAGCCCCAUUUCUGUGAACAUUGUGACUUUAAAACGGGGAAGCAUUCUUUGCUAGCACGCCAUGUGGAAACCCACGGCAUCUUCAUGUGUCUAAAGUGUAGGUUUGUUGGGGAAAACAAAGAAAACUGUGAUGCUCACAUGCGUGAAUCCCAUAAGAAGAAACGCAGUGCUAAACUUUGCAGGCAGUGCCGUAAAUAUAUUGAUACAGAUGUAGUUUCAAUGGAGAAACACAAGGAAGAAUGCAGUGUACGUAUCUUAAACUGCAAAGAAUGUAAUAAGGUGUUUCGCUAUGAAUCAUCGUUGAAAGUCCACAUGGCAACCCACUACCCAGAACUGCCAAAACGAUUCCAUUGCAUGGAAUGUAGCUAUCAAUCUAAUUACAAAGCAAACCUACAGAAGCACAUGAAGAGUAUCCAUGAGUUUCGGGAAAAAAAUGUGAAAUGCUGUAUCUGUGAAAAAAUGUUUUUCUCUGAAGAUAGUAUGAAACGCCACCUGAAGGUCCAUUCUGACGAUAGACCUCAUAAGUGUGACUUGUGUGGAAAGGCAUUCAAGACUUUACCUGCUCUCAAGACUCACAGAGAUGUCCACGAACCAUCUCGGCCAUUUCUCUGUGAGGUGCAAGGUUGUACAAAGGAUUUUCGGACUGCACGUUUAUUAAAAAACCACCGUGAAGAAUACCACCAGCUGUCUCCGAAAAAAUAUCAUUGUUCUAAGGAAGGCUGUCGCUUUUCUUUCUUCAAGCGAAGUCAUUUAAGACGACAUGAGAUAACUCAUACAGAUGAACGGAACUUCAAAUGUGCAUGGCCAGACUGUGGUAAGGCGUUUCGUCACUCAGAUAACUUGAAAGUACACUACCUACAACAUACCAAUGAAAAGCCAGUCAAGUGUAAUCUGUGUGAUUUUACGUGUCGUCAAAAGAGUUCUCUUCAUUGGCACAAGCGUAAACGGCAUGCCAACGAAAUUGCACCCGCAUUAAAAGUGGAACCCAAGAAAGAAAUUGUCAGCACCAGUUCUGCAGCGAGCGCAGUUGUUGCACAGGUUACGACUACCACCGCUACUACUACAAGUUCAAAUUGUAGCAGCACCACAACCGCUACUACUACUACUACUACUGCCGCCGCCACCAGCAACAAUGUUCCUGUGAAAUCAACGACAAAGAUCUUAAAUGAUUUACAAACUAAAAUCCAAGCUAGUUUUGAUUUAUAUGAAUUCCAAUCAGAUGAUGAUUCGACAACAGAUGUCAUGGACAUGUUUUACAAGCGAACAGAUCGAGGCAGUACAAACGGUAAAGUUGCAGACACUUCUUCCAGUUUUAAGGCAGGUCCAGAAACUGCUUUAAUAGAGGCUUCUACAACACUUUCUGAACCAGCAACAACUAAGAUGAUUACACAAGAGAAGUCAUCGAAUGUUGAGCUAGAAAGUAAAAAGCAAACUGAUAUAAAAAAUACUGCUGUUCUUAGUGGUAUCAGUUCUGUGUUAUCAACUGUUAGUACUUCUAGCCCCCAACGUGUUGUGAAGAAAAGGCAAUCAAAGAAAGCCAAACCUGCUGACUUAGCUACUGUUUCUACCAUAGGGAAACAGGAAAAGAGGCUCCCAGAAAUGUCUGAGCUGUCUCCAUCUGUUAUGAGUGUAAUCCAGGUGCCAGUCAUCAAGACGGAACCAGCAAUCACGGAAGGGAAAUCUGAUAAAGAAGAAGAAAAAGAGGAAGGAAAGGAGGAGGAAGAGGAGGAGGAGGAGGAGGAUGUAAUGGCUCAGGUUAGUUAUGAAAGUACGAUAGAAAGCAAAACUGGUGCUGUUGAGAGUGAAGAACACUGCUUGGUUAGUUGCCAAGAAAAAGACAUUCAGGAAUGUGUUAGUGAGCAGGCUCAGGCGAACGACAGCCAAACAGUUGUCAGUGUUGAACACCACAGUACAGCACCUGUUAUGUUACCUCCAUUGAUAUCAUUACCACCUAUCACCUCAUUAGACGUCUCCUUGUCUACAUCCACACCAAUCACAUCCACGCCGUCAUAUCACCAUUCAUCUGUAACAACACCUUCAUCAUCACCAUCUCCAUUGCCACCACCGCCAUCGUCACAACUGCAACCUGAGCCUUCUCUCCCUGAGCAAGAUGCUCAACUUUCAGAAUCUUUUGCUGACAAUGAAACCGCUUCGGUGAAAGACACAAUAGAAUCUAUAAACAACACGGCAGUGACUAACGACUGCAGUGCUAUUGACUCUAUGCUGAGACCAUCACCUUUCACUAGUACGUCGACACCACUGUCCGUAUCCGUUCACGACAUGGACAAUCUGGAAAACGGAAAUCCUGAUUACUCUUCUUCCCCAUCUCCUUCAUCAUCAGCAUCCUCAUCAUCGUCUUCAUCAUCAGUAAUGUCAUCAUCUGCAUCAUCAUUUUCAGAUUCAGAACCUGAAGACAAUGAAGAAAUGAAAGAAACAGAAGGGGAGUCGAAAUUAAUCGAACAACAUUAUCAUUUAUCUCCGGCUCAGCAACCAUUAUUAGAAACGUUAUCGUCAUCGUCAUCAUCAACAUCACCAUCAGAACAACAAGCCUCAAGUCAUCCAAACGAACCUCUAUAUAUGCAGCCAGAACAAAAUAACUGCCGUUCUAAUGAACCUGGCCAAUUGGAAAUGGAUUUGACCACCACUCUACCUCAAGAGUCUGACAGUGAAUCAGAGCAUUCGUCUUCAGAUGGAAAAGACGAUGAAGAAGAGGAUGAAGAGGAGGAUGAAGAUGUGGAUGAUAAUGAUGAUGAAGAGAGAAUAAAUGGAAAUAAUUGUAAAGAUGACAUCAAACAGAAAGAGAUGCUUGACAUUAGAGAAUGUAGCAUUUUACACUCUUUACAGCCUUGCAGCGUCUCCUUGGACAAUUUAAUGAUGGAUCCUAAAGUACAGGCCAUCACUCUGACUAAAGAUAAUCUUUUAAGACCUGUACCUGAACGUAAAAAUGGAAUUGUGCAAUCGUAUCAUGUUCAUAAUUUUUCUUCUCAGUCAGGCUCCAAUGAGGUUACGAUGGAUUACAGAAAUAGCCCUAAACAAGAUAUGAGGAACGUUUUAGAUUCUGACAAUUCAGUACUGGACAAUAACUGCAACACGCCAACAGAACUGGAUGAUCAUUUAAAUAACAAUCAAAACUUAACUCAAACUUCUGAUCAUCUGGCGGUUCCGAGUUGUUCAGAACCAAACCAGAUGCUGCCCGAACCACAAGAACAUCAAUAUCUUCAAGAAAGAAAAGUUUAUGACAGUUACCAGUUCCAGCCUCCCGAAAUUAUUAUGCCCCACACUCCUUCUGCUCCCAUAGGGUUAAUGCAUAAUUUUAAGCCGCAAGAAAGAAUGAAACAGCUGCAAGAGGAUUAUCUGAAGAGGAAUCAAAGACGGUAUGAAAUGAUGCAGGAACAACACCAGAUGAACUUUGUUCACGAUCCUCAACAAAACUACAGAGAAAAUAAUAAUCUUCCGUAUAAUCACCACCAGUCGGAUCAUAUGUUUGGAGAAUCGAAACUUAUCUGCCAGAAUCAGUCGAAUGAACAUAAAAUGGUUAACGAGCAAGAACUGUUACAACAACAACAGCAGCAACAGCAGCAGCAAGAUACAAAAUUAACUCAUGAUUUACGUAUUAAUGAAGAAUGUAGCGAGGAGGAACAAAUGGAAGAUAAUAUGGUUCAUGAGCAUCAGAGACGGGGGGAGAUGGUGUGUGAUCAAAAAUUAAGUUUUGAUAAUCAAAGAACAGAAGAGGUAAACAACUGUCAAAGACAAGAUAAUAUUGCUCAUGAACAAGAUCUGGCUUAUGAGCAACAAAGAGAUGAUGUUAUUUGUGAGCAGCAGCAGCAGCAGCAGCAGCAACAUCAGCAGCAGCAGCAACAUCAGCAGCAGCAACAUCAGCAGCAAGAGGAUCAUCGUGUACAUAAUGAAGAGUUCAUUUUAGAACAGCAUGAUCAGGAAUUGUCUCAUGAACACCAGCAACAAGAUGAUUUGACUCAUAAACCAGAACUGGUACUAGAACAUCAGAGAUCUGAAGAUUUGGCUCAAGAACACCUUCGGCAAAAGGAAUUGGCUCAUGAACAAGAGUUAGAAUUAGAGAAUCAGAGGCAAGAGGCUGCAAAUAGAGACCACAAGUUGUCUUUGGCACAUUCUAGAACUGACGAAUUUUCUUGUGAUCAAGAGAUUGCUUUGGAACACCAAAGGCAAGAUAAAUUGUCUCAUGAACAUUUACAAAGGGAUGAUUUAAUUUGUCAGCAAGAUUUAACUCUUGAACAGCAAGUACAACAAGAAAAAUUCGUGCAAGUAGAAGAAACGAUCAGGGAACAAGAUCUUGCUAAGAGGACCCAAGAUUUUCAAACCAGAUGUGAAACUCUUCAGCAAGAUGUUGUACAUGAGAGUCAUACGGCAGAAAUUGCUAGGGACAGGCCACUCCAUACUGAUUCGAUAAUUCACCGACACACCAAUAUUACUAGUGACUCUUGCUCGAGUGAAGUAGUGUCAGACAAUCCACAUAUGACAAACGUAACGUGUCCAAGGGAUGCACACUCUCAAGAACUACAUGAAAUAGACCAUGGCCACGAGUUGCACGACAUGUUGCACGAACCACAUGGAAUGCUACAUGAACGAGGGCACAAAAUGGUCCAUGUCCGUCAACGAGAGAUGGUCCGUGUUCGAGAAAUGGUUCGUGUGCGUGAGUACGAGAUGGUACGUGAACGAGAUCAUGAAAUAGUGCGUAAGCACGACCUUGAACCAGAUGUAACCAGUGAAUUAGUUGCCAAACAUGAUCCCUCACAAGAUAUUAAGUUGUCUCACGAACACAAACUUGUUCCACCUGAACAUUCAAGUGACCAUCCAUCUCUAUCUCUGGAUCAUCACAGUGAUCUUACCCAGCCAAAUACGCCGAUUUCUGCUCAAGUAUCUGAGCAAGGAAUUCUUCAUCGUUCAGAAUCUAAUGCUAACUUAAGAUUGUCAUCACCUCAUGUUCCUGGUGCUCAAGACAUUUCUCUUGAUGAAACUAACAGAUCAGGAGAGGCAGAUAAACUAAAGUCUUCACAUUCAGAUCACAAUAAUAUUUUGAACAGCACAGCACGCCAUCAUCCUUUUGAGCAUGAAUCUUCUGUUACAAGAUAUGAAUCUGAAAUGGCACAUUUAGGCUUUAAUCCCAUUCAAACUAGACGACAUAUGGAGGCAAGCAUGUCUAUGGAGCGCAGUGAGCCCUCUGUUCUUCAAUCUGUCCAUCAUAGAAAGGAUAGUAUGAGCUUGACAACUCCAGAUAUGUCCAGUUUGCGAUCCACAAACAUGCUCUCUGAUAAAUCCCUUCCUUCAUCCCAUCUACCUAUUCAUCAACUAGGGUUUGUUCCUCCACAUCCAAGUACUCCAGUUGAUGAGAGAGACUACCUGGGACAAUACCUACAAGAUUUUGAUAAAGACACAACUGAAACCGCUGCUCGUGAACCUGUAGUACGAUCUGAAGUUGUCCCACCAAUUACUCCUAGCUUCACGGAACCUACAGCAAACUUGGACAAUCGAGCUAUGAUCAGUAUUUCCAAUGAUGCACUUAGGCCCUGCUUUUCUGAUAUGGCAUUUAAGCGUUUGGAUUUGAGCCAUCCACCAGAACGGACUAGCUUAGAUAGUUUUCAUCAGCAGGAAACAGCUCUACAGAGGUUAUCGAAUUUUGCCUCUGAAGGUUUGUCACCAGUAGACAAAUCAUAUGAAACAUCAAGGCCUAGUAGUUUCAUGCGUCAGAAUGAUGCGUUUUUGUCUUGUCCAGCCCCAACAAGCAGUUUUGUACGCUUCUCGGAGAGUGAAGCAUCAUUACAGAGACAAAGGACUUCAUCUUUAUUUCAGCAUGCCAGCACACGCCAUCAUAAGCUACCUGACACUCCUUUACCUCGCCCCAGCAAUCCCACCCUUUUACGAGGACACUCUGGAAUUACUGGAGAAGACUUUUUAUCGCAUGCUGGGGCUGUUGCUCAGAGUGUUCCCAGAAGUCCUUUCCACAAUUCUUGGUCAGGACAAGAGCUUCAGUCACACUGGAAUCAGCCUACUUACAUUCAGCCUCCGGUAGACCGACAACCAAAUACUGGUACUUCAAGUCUGCUGGGAAAAGAUUCCUACCUUGCCAGCCGUGAUUUAAUGUUCGAUUCGUCUUGUCGAGGCAUGGCGGAUCGACGCAUGUUUACAGGAUUGUCGUCACCACAGCCUCAGCGGGAUCUCACUUGUGAUGCCUUCCCUAUAGAACGUUUUGAUUUGGGAAGCUACUUUAAUAGUCACGCUUACUCAGGUGCUUCUCCUUUAGAGUAUGCUCGAUCAAACUGUGGCAGCACACAAAAGAACUACGACGAUCGAUACCGCCAACCAGUCACGAUGGCAGAUCUCAGGGCUUUGCCGCAGUCAAAUUCUUCUGAUAUGUUUGGCAACAUGAAUGUUAAUUCUUCGUUCAGUUUAGAAAAGUACAUGUACUCACACGAAACAGUGUAUCAUUCACAGCACUUACCUGAAAAUACCAACAGUGCAUUUCUCAGCCACAGUAACCCCACACACCAGCCUGGGUAUUUCAAUCGAGACUAUUCCCGACGAGCUCUCUAUUCCCAGGCACCGCCCUAUGCACUUAUGGAUGACAGGCAGUACUCAGCUGCAGGUAAACUUACCCAGCACCCAGCCCCAAUGUCUUCACAAGAAAGAGAUUAUAUCCCACGUUUAGGGAACUCUGAAGAAUCUUACAGAUACAAUGUCCUUUAUAAUGUCAUGAAUCGGUAUUUCGAAUGAGAGUGAGAGAGAGAGAGAGAGAUUUAACAAAUAUAAAAUAAUGUAUGUAAAGAAGUAACAGUUGUGUGAAUGAGAGAUAUGUAUGAUAAAAAAAAAAAGAAACCAUCAUGUUUUUUGUUGUUUUUUUUAAAAAUGAAAGUAUAUCAGAAAGAAAGAAAAAAAAAAAGAAUACCUCAUUAUGUUAUCAUCUUUAAUCCUAAUCCUCUCUUUAAUCCUGUUUCUUAUCUCUUCCAUGCCAUCCAUCAAUCAAACAUUCUUGUUCUGUAGAAUAUUUACAUAUUGCACAUACAACUUAGUUUUGAAGCAUUUUGAGCAUUUAAAAAACAAAGAAAGAAAGAAAGAAGAAAAAAAAACCUAUGUAUUCUUAAAAGAAAAGAAAAGAAAUUUUUUUAAACAGACUCCCUAAAAACCAAAUGAAUUGGUGGGCGGGUGGGGGAUAAACUCAAAAGUCUGUAAAGUAUUAAUUUAUGUACAUUCUCUUUAGUUCCACAAUGUUGUAUGGUUCCCCAUCCUUUGAUCCUUUGAUCCUUUUUUUUUUUAUUAAUGUUUUACAACAACAUGGUAUCACUAAAGGAAACGAUAAAAACAAGCCAGAGGGUGUCUUUUGUUGUCGUUUUUAGCUUCAUUCUCUCCCCUUCCAAACUUCCAAAAUGACAUCUUUUUAUUCCCACUUUAUCACAAAAUUCACUUAAAAUUGCUGCUGUUCAUAACUAUUGCUACUUAGAAACAACAACUGAACAACC